AUGUCGACCAAGGCCAACCUAAAAGCGGCAAAAGCUGCUAUUGAUGCAGAAGACUACGGCAAAGCCGUCGCUGAAGCCCAGACAGUGCUCGCAGCCGACGCUCAGAACUACUUUGCGCGGCUGUUCUUGGCUCGAGCACUAGAGAAACAGGACAAUUUCGACGAGGCCGCCACGACUUACAGCCAAGCAGCAAAGUCGAAGCCCCAGGACAGUCAGGCAUGGCUCGGACUAUGCAGCGUCUAUGAAACACAAGGCUCGGCGAAAGUCGACGAGUAUCGUGAGGCAGCCGUCAAGGUAGCCGAAGUUCUUGCGAAUGCCGACGACCAGCAUAGAUGUCAAACCACAAUCGACAAACUAAUAUCGUUCGUCAAAAGCAAUGGCACCACCACACAGUACAAGCGAGCACUGGAAGUGAUGUUGCCUGGCAACACAAUCUAUGACUUCCUGGAAGGCCGCAUCCCGCAUCCGUCGCAUACCUACACGAGACUGGUCGAAAUUACCGAGGAGGAAGAAGCCGAAGAGAUCAAACGCGAGAUCGGUGAGCGACGCACACGUAUUGGUGCACGUCUUGGUCAGGUCACUGCCGAUGUCAAGCGCGAGGUUUAUGGCACUAGUAAACUGGAGGACCUGUAUCAGGAGCUUAUCAACUGGACGCAAGACGAUGAAGUGCGGCGGCAAUACGAGGAGAAGCUUCUUGAUCGAGCGUACGAUGAUCUUAUCGUGCUUCCGUUGGAACAUAAGGCGGUGAAACUCGACCAAGUCUUAAAUCUUGCAGAGGGUAUGGUCAUUAUUGAUCAUCAGUAUCGGAAGGCCUGGGAUUUGAUGCUGGAGACUAGAGAUCUUGACGACAUGAAAGAUCAAGAUGUCAACGUUCUUCGCUCGUAUGUCCUGCACUUCUCGGAGUCUGGCCUGGCCAAAAUCGUAUCGGCGUGGCUAAGCAGCGAGCGCUCACAAUUUCCGACGCCUCGCAAGGAAGAGAAUGGGGAUGAAGGUGACGACCAGCCGGAGGACAUGAGCGCCGAAGAGAGACUAUUACUCAUGACGGAGGGACUGGCCCGUGCCGAGCAAUCAGCACUCGCUCAUCGGCUUGUCGCUGAUUUCUACUUGCACCUUGACGAGCACGAGACAGCAUCGGAAACGGCAAAGGCAGGGCUCAAAGCGACUGUGGCCCUAUCUCAGCAACUCGGCAUGAGCAUGCAGAACACCAAAGAUGCGCUGAAUACUACCUUGGCCACAGCACUAGUACACUACCAGGCUCCCCGAAACCACCCCGAGGCUAGAAGACUCUUUCAAGACAUCCUUCAAGGCAAGCCAAGGUCUACUCCAGUCCUAAUUGGACUAGGAUUGAUCUUCGAGGAGACCGAGGACUAUGACGAUGCCAUCACGUUCUUCACCCAAGCAUUGCAACAACACCCCGAUAACGUCGUUGUUGGGGCAGAACUCGCGUGGUGUCGUGCGUUACGUGGUGAUUACGAACAAGCCCAACAGGAACUUCAAGUCUAUCUGCCGAAGUUGACAGUGGAGGAUCUACGAGCCCGAGAUUUACGCGCCCAAGUGUUGUACCGCAUCGGAAUUUGCAUAUGGCGGCUUGACACCAGCAAAACUGCAAGGAAAGAUCGUAGCGGUGCCUAUGCUUACUUCCUGUCAGCGAUCAAGACGAAUGUCAAUUUCGCCCCAGCAUACACGAGUCUCGGUCACUACUACACUGACUACGCCAAAGACAAAAAGCGAGCCAGACAAUGCUUCCAGAAAGCCUUUGAACUAUCACCUGCGGAGACGGACGCUGCAGAACGUCUCGCCAAGUCAUUCGCCGAUCAAGGGGAUUGGGACAUCGUCGAGGUAGUCUCACAGCGAGUUGUGGACUCUGGUAGAGCACGACCACCACCUGGUUCUAAGAGGAAAGGUAUUAGCUGGCCGUUCUCUGCCUUGGGUGUGGUGCAGAUGAACCGACAGGAGUACUCGCAGGCUAUUGUGAGCUUUCUUGCUGCUCUACGUAUUAGUCCCGACGAUUACCAGUCAUACGUGGGACUCGGUGAGAGCUACCAUAACUCCGGAAGGUAUAAUUCGGCGCUGAGAACCUUCACACAUGCACUGAACCCACCCGAAGGCACGGCCAUGAUAGUUAAUGGCGAGACCUGGUUCGCGAAGUACAUGUUGGCGAACGUACAUCGAGAACUAGGUGACUAUGACGAGGCAAUACAGGGCCUACGAACUGUCCUUGAGGAGCGGGAAGCCGAGUUCGGCGUCCAGAUGUCGCUGUUGCAGACAUUUGUCGAGAAAGCAUGGCGGUGUCUAGACACUGGACUCUGUGGACAGGCCAUCGAUAGUGCAAUCGAAGGCAUAGCUACAGCAAAGAAGAUAGCCGCAUACAAGCCCGAUGCCUUCAACCUGUGGAAAGCCAUCGGAGAUAUAUGCUUGUUGUUUUCAUGGAUCGAUUCUGCCUCUGCCAGAUUGCCGCUUGACGACCUCGACGCUAUGCUAGCAGAUGGCGCAGAUCAGCUGAAGGACGGCCUACUUUCAGAGAUUGACCAUGUUGGAGUCUUGCAUGACAGAGGGCCCACCAUGAACGGGGCGGGAGCGCAGACACCAGUGAAUCAAUCCGUCAUUGCUGGCAUACGGGCAUACAAGAAAGCUAUUGCUUGCUGCUCACACGAUCUACAUGCCCAAGCUGUGGCGUGGUACAAUCUUGGUUGGGCAGAGCAUCGAGCACAUGUCUGCUCCACCACUAAAGCUGGAAAGAAGUAUCUAAAAGCUGGUGUGCGAUGCUUCAAACGUGCCAUCGAGUUAGAGUCGGGCAACGCUGAGUUCUGGAAUGCUCUUGGUGUAGUGACGACUACUCUGAACCCCAAAGUAUCUCAGCAUGCCUUCGUACGCUCGCUGCAUCUUAACGAGCUCAAUGCUAAAGUCUGGACAAAUCUUGGCGUGCUCUAUCUUCUGCACAACGAUUUCGAAGCAGCACAUUCCGCAUUCGGCCGGGCACAGUCCACAGAUCCAGAGUAUGCACAUGCCUGGAUCGGCGAAGGCCUAUUGGCACUGCUUUCGGGCUCCGAUGCAGAAGCGCUCAAUCACUUCACCCACGCAUUUGAGAUCUCGAAUUCGUCCUCCACCAUCACGAAGCAACGAUACUCGCUUUCGAGCUUCGAUGCUCUACAGUCGUCGCACUCGGAGUCUCAUGAUCUGACGAGACUCGUUCGUCCUAUAUUCGCGCUCCAGCAGUUACACGCGCAGAAGCCUUCUGAUCUGCCGUGCCGUCAUGUGGCCGCGCUCCUACUGGAACGUGUUGGCAACUAUGUUACGGCUGCCGAAGCGCUGAGUGGUCUCUGCACGAUUGCUGAAGCAGACUACGAGCAGAAUGAAUCUCUUGCAGCACUUGCAAGUUUUGCACAUGCAAAGAGCGAUCUUGCACGAUGCCAGCUCGCAGCUUCAGACUUUAGUGGCGCUACCGAGAACGCAGAGACAGCGCUUGACUUGAGUGCAGACGAGGACAGUGGUCUUGAUGCAGCAUCACGCACUAAGCUCAGGCUUUCCGCCCAUCUAACGGCAGGCUUGGCAAUGCAGAGUCUCGGUAAGAGCAGCGAAGCCAUUACCAUGUUUCGCGCAGCACUGCAGGAGAGUGACAGCAAUCCAGAUGCUGUCUGCUUACUCGUCAAGGUGCUCUGGUCACAUGGUGGAAAGGACGAGCGAAGUGUCGCCCGUGAGCAGCUCUUCGAUUGUGUGGAGAAACAUCCAGAGCAUGUCGGUAGUGUUACUCUGCUCGGCGCGAUCGCCGCUCUUGAUGAUGAUGAUACAACCACGGCAGCCAUCAGAGACGAUCUCGUGACUCUUCGCAUGAAGGACGGCAUGAAUGUAAGCGAUCUUGUUGAGAUCGAGUCGCUUCUUUCGGCCCAGGUAGGCUUGAGCAGCAAAGGCGACGACACCGAAGACACUCUUGAGGCGCAGUCUGCUAUCAUGCUCAAGCCGGAUCUUGCGGCGGGCUGGGCUCAGCUCUCUGAUGUGUCCAACGAUGCAUAUCCGGCUGCGAUGGCGCUGAAGAGUGUUCAGAAAGCAGUACCUCCAACGGGCGACGUAGAGCCGUUGACAUUAGCUACAGCGUAUGCUGGUGCGGGCACAGUAGCAGACGCUCAGAGAGCAAUGUCCUUGGCGCCAUGGGAUCCAGUGGGUUGGAAGGCCUUCAGCAGUGCUAUCGUAUAG